AAACGCUUUCGUGAUAUAAUCGUGGUCAGCUAAAUCAAUAUUUAUCAAGAUGAUGUGGAAAGCAUCAACAGACGUGGUUCCACCAGCUCUUGCUGAAGCUGAUGACUGGGAGACAGACCCGGACUUUGUGAACGAUGUCACGGAACAUGAACAGAGAUGGGGACCAGGCGGAAGGAACGUGGAGGCUAUUGACAUGGCAAAACUACGAGAGGAAGUAUUAGAAGCAGAUUCACAGUCCAAGAAGAAGCAGUAUGAAGCCGGACCCAAACCUUCUUUUGGUUAUGGCGGCAAAUUCGGCGUGCAACAAGACCGCAUGGACAAGUCGGCUGUUGGUCACGAUUAUAUCGGCAAAACUGAGAAACAUGUCUCACAGAAGGAUUAUGCUCAAGGUUUCGGCGGUAAAUACGGAGUCCAAGCGGACCGCAUGGACAAAUCAGCUGUCGGUCACGACUAUGUAGCCCAAGUAGAGAAGCACGUGUCGCAGACCGACUACGCGCAGGGCUUCGGCGGCAAGUAUGGCGUGCAGACCGAUAGGGUCGACAAGAGCGCAGCGGGCUGGGAGCACAAGGAGACGAUAGAGAAGCACUCUUCCCAGAAGGACUACUCGCAGGGCUUCGGCGGCAAGUUCGGAGUGCAGGCCGACCGCAAGGACGCCUCCGCCCUCGGCUGGGACCACCGGGAGGAUGCUCAGCAUCACGCCUCGCAGACAGACUACGCGUUGGGCUUCGGCGGCAAGUUCGGCGUGCAGACGGACCGGCAGGACGCGUCAGCAGUGGGCUGGGACCAUCAGGAGAAGACGCAGGCACAUGCUAGCCAGGUCGAUCAUAAGAAGGGUUUCGGCGGUAAAUUCGGUGUAGAAACAGACAGAGUGGACAAGUCAGCUCACCGCUUCGACGAGGUGGAGAAAGUUGGUACUAACUACACCAAGCACAAGCCUGACAUCGGCGGCGCCAAGCCUUCCUCGCUAAGGGCCAAGUUUGAGAACAUGGCCAAGGAGAAGGAACAGGAAGCUAUACAAUCCGUGCAGAGGAUAAGACAACAGAGAGAAGCUAUCGACAAGGAUUUAUCACAAAAGGAAAAGGUCCGCGUAGACAAAGAGCAAGCGGACGCUCCUCCCCCGGACAGCGAGCCCGCGCCGCCCGCCAAGCUGCCCGGCAAGCUGCCCGGCAAGCUCGCCAACAACAUGCCCGUGCUGCCCACUGCUGAACCUGCUAGUGAGGUGGUUGCUUCUCCUAUUAUGCAGAAGGUAAUGCCGGAUAUGCCGUCACCGGUCGCGGCAGCCCCUGCGCCCGCGCCGGCCGAGGUACCGGAGAUGACGUCAUCUCUAGAGAAACAAGCCAACUUGCCCGAUGUUACUCUCGUUGGUGAACCUAAGGAGGAGAAGGAAGAGUUAACCCGUCAGCCCACGAUCGUGGUGUCCCCGGUGGGCUGGGAGGGCGAAGCCCCGGGCGGCGACGAGGACGAGGACGGCUACACGGCGCGGGCGCUGUACGACUACCAGGCCGCCGCGCCGGACGAGAUCUCCUUCGACCCGGACGAUAUCAUCACUAAUAUUGUCAUGAUCGACGAAGGCUGGUGGCAAGGACUAUGCAAAGGCGCUUACGGCCUUUUCCCAGCGAACUACGUGCAAUUGCAAGAUAAGUAGGACAUUCCCAAAAUAACAUUAAUUUUAACAUUUAUUCAUAUAGAAAGAUCAUGUUGUCUGUACAUUGGAUUUGGUUAAUAUUCGUGAGGCUUUGAAAAUAUAUUUUUUUUGUGUAAAGCAUCGAAAAUUGUUUAGCAAUUCAUGGGAUUUACGUAUUAUUUUCGCUAAAAUUGACAUUUAUUUUAUACUGUCAUGUAUUUUAUAAAGCUAUGCCAUAAGUAUUUGUCUCAACGCGAGAAUCGAACUAGCUAUUACUAACUCGAAAACCGAAACUCGGGAUAUCGCAAUUAUAACUAUUUUAAAAUUUGACAUUAUAAAUAAUUUUCGUACCUUAAACAAACGCUAGUUUAAAAAUAUAGAUGUAUAAUAUUAAUUAAAUAAUGUAAGCUAGAUAUUAUUGUUAUAAAAGACUUUAAUUUUGAUAAAUGAGUAAUUUUGAUAUAAUUAUAAUGUUAACUGAUAAUAUUGACAGUUUAGAACAUGAGAUUUUAUUCUAUAACAUAACCAUUCAAAAGUAAAUAAUUAACACCAAAAAUAAAUCAACUGUCAAUAUUAUUUCAAUUAUUUGCACAAAAAUAUCUUGUUUAUUUUAGAGUUGCGUAUUUGCGCAAAAACUUUGCGCAUCUGCUCUACGAUUGCAAUACAAUGUUGCUUUUCAGUGAACAAUAUGUUUUUGCGCAAAAAAAUAGAAAUAACAAAGAGGUAAGCGCACCUACAAAUCUUUAAUUUCGACUUGAAAAAUAAGAAAAUAUUGAAGUUUUUAUAGUGUGCUUAUUCAUAUAGAUAUAAUAAACUUUUAAACUCGAUAAAGUACUUAUGAGACGAAAACGCGAGAAACCUCAAUAUUUCGACAUAAGGUGAAUUUGAAUUAUUUAGCUAUUGCCUAACUUGGGCUGUUCGUAAGAGGUAGGAAUAUAGCAUUUUGGGACUUAUGACUUGGAUAUAAGGUUCAAAUUAGAUUGGCAUCGUAAAAUUAAUCUUUAGGUGUAAUUUACGAGGUGAAUUAUCAAUUGAAUGAUAAAUCGAAAAUUUUAAAUUAAAUUAAAAAAGUAUUUCACACUCAAGCACUGAUGGGCUAAGCAGAAUUACACUUCCCAUAAUAGUAAGUUUACAAUAUCUAUGCUAACGUUAUAAAGAGAAGAGAUUUGAUUUUUUUUUUCCUACAUUAAGCCACAUUAUUUGUGAGUUUGUUAAAUUAUGCUUUAUUUUAUCCUGAUACGGGAAAUAGCUCGGGGAAAACCACAUGUUAGCGAUUUUUUCGAAAUUAUAAAAGUUCACAUCGUAAUUUACGUUAUAUUUAGCAUAUAUUGUAAAACAAGUAGAUCGCGUAUUAGUUUUUCAAUAGCUUAAGAUAUGUAUCGUCUUCCAAUACCUACCUCUUAACAGUUUUAUUUGAAGCACAUAAAAUAUUCUUACUGCACGCUUUAACAUUAAAUUAAAUUAAAAUGCAUUUAAUUUGAGUAUCAAACUGUUAGGGUGGGUUGCACCAUUUAACUAUUACUAUAUCCAGCCAUGUAAUCGCAGAUUUGACCAAUGAGCGACAAUUUCAUAGCUGAUUAUGGUUUGGUAAUUAAUAAUCAUACUACGGAUUGCGAUAACCCAUCCUUGCCAUUGAAGAAUGCAUUUUGACAUAAGCUUCAUAUAAAUUAUGUCAAAUUUCAAUAUGUAAUCGAAAAGAUCGGAUGAAUCAGAUAUUUAAAUGGUGCAACCCAUCCUUUUAGUUUAACGCUAGCUUAUAGGUAAUUAUAAACUUUGUCUUGAAGUAUUUUAUUCCUUUUAAUCUGAAUUGACACCGAAGAGAUGUAUUUGUUUGUAGAAAUCUAUAAUUCUGCAAAUAUUAAAUUAGUUGUUUUUAUUAUGUCUUUAUUACAAAAUACCUACGCCACGAGCAAAAUCUAUGAUGUAAUAAAUAGCAUUUUUUUUUUAUUUCAACGAGUUGUAUGCCAAAUUAUUUAAAUUUAUAUGAAUGUGUUUCAUAAAUUUAUAACCCUAUUAAUUGUAGGAUGUAUUUUAAUUUCUAAUCUAUCAUUGAUUUACAAAAGGGCCGCCGCAGAUAUGUCGGAGCGCAUUGAAAAGCAAUUUUUAGUGACAACUUUCGAUACUUGUCAAUUUAUUAGUCUUUACAGCAUGUCUUUUUCUUGACGUUAUAGUUAGAUAGGUAGCCAGAAAGUCUGACAAUUAGCCUUACCAAGGGGUGUCAGGUUGCUCUGGCAACUGGGUUGAUGUGGCCAGAAAGACAGUCGCUCACUGGUACUCAGUUGCAUCUGGUUAGACUGGAAGCCGACCCCAACAUGGUCGGGAAAAGGCUAGGCAGAUGAUACAAAUUGCUUUUCGCUGUGUUUCGCUAUAUGUGUGGCGGUCAUAGCUAUCAUAGGUAUAAUUAUCCCUUGAAAUAUCAAAAUGUUUUAAUUUUUAAUAAAUAUUCCAUAUCUUAUAGAUGAGACUAUCAUGGCCUUACUACAAAAACUUUAACGCCUGUUUUACACCUGGCUAAAAAAAUUGUGGCUCCAAAAUGAACCAUAUGUCAACGUCAUAAUUUGACAUUUUUUUAGAGAAGGCUUAAACUGACGUUAAAAAGUUUUUGUGGUAACACGGUCAGGCUUUAGAUUUAGAUACAUAGUUAUAACGUAGUCUCAAAAUUAUUCAUAUUUCAUUAAAUUGUAAGAUUUAUUUUAAUAUGACGUUCAUUUUGAGAAAAUAUUUUUAAUUCAAUGAGUUUUUUUAUCACUUGACAUUAAAAUUUAAUUUAUCUGGUAAUUUUAAAAUGUAUUUUUUAUUCCAAAAAGUAUUUCUUGCAAUUAAUUUGUAUUAAAAAAAUAUUUCCCAACUAAAAUAAUGAUGUUAUUUGUGAAUGAUUUUUACAAAUGUUGACAUUAGAAUAGCUUAGACUGUACCACAUGUUCACAAAUAUAGAAUCUAGUAUAAAAUAGAUAUGGCAACAAGAUUUGCUUCUAAAACAUAUAUGUAUUAAUCAUGCAAUCGAUUAAAUAAGCUGCCAUAUUUUUUUGACUGAAUUAGAGUCAGUCAAAAAAAUAUCGAUAAAACUGAAUUUCGAUAACGUAUCGAUAAUUGUAAUCUUAUUUGUGACAUGUGGACUGGUCAAAUUAGUUUAUAAGUAGUAAGUAUGGGUAUCUAAUGCCGAACUAUGUUUUAUAUAAAACAAUUUAUUGUUUAAAGAUGAAUAAAAUAAUAUUUUAUAGCUA